ACGCUUCUGUACACCAAAUUCGUCAGUACACGUUACGCCUAAAAGAAUAUUUAAUUGUCCGGCCAUUGUCCUGCGUUUGACUAUGUAUCUUUUUUAAACCCGAAUGUCGCAAAUCAGAGUAUCAUUGAUGUCUCAUUUUAAAAGACGGGCAUUCAAGCCUUUAACUGAAGUUGCAGUUUGACUCCAUUGGUGUGUGCUGAUUUUUUUUUUUUUCUUCAUCGGAGUAACGUUACGGUCAGAUACGUAGAGUCUGUUUACUUUGAUUAAAUGAGAUCUAGAAUUCAGACAGUAGGAUCGAUCUAACUGUACCGGACAGAGACAUGUUCAAGAGAGCCUCUCGUGAACUCUUGGGUCUUCAUGUGUAUUUCAGGAGCAGGCUAUAGGUCUGUGUGGGGAUUUUGGAAUCUCGACCAUGGGCUCUCUAAAAGCUUUGCAGGACUGGUGCAGGAACCAAUGUGAAAGUUACAGUAAUGUGGACAUUAAAAACAUGUCUUCAUCCUUCAGAGAUGGACUGGCAUUCUGUGCCAUCAUCCACAGACACAGACCUGAUCUCAUAGAUUUUGACUCCCUCUCAAAAGAAAAUGUCUUUGAGAACAACCGUCUGGCGUUUGAGGUUGCUGAAAGUGAGUUGGGUAUUCCAGCCCUGCUGGAUCCAGAAGACAUGGUGUCCAUGAGUGUGCCUGACAGAUUGAGCAUCAUCACAUAUGUAUCUCAGUAUUACAACUACUUCACCAACAAAUCUCACACUGUCUCCACAAACAUAAAGAGCCCUGGUGGUCCAGGUCACAUCAAACCAGCCAUAAAGAGGCCAUUUGCUUCUCCAGAGGGCCGUGACACUGAGUCUGGUGCAGAUAACCAACCAAAACGCAGUACUCUGAGCAGCACCUGUUCAAUCUGUGGAAAGCAUGUUCACUUGGUUCAGAGGAUCCUUAUUGAUGGCAAACUUUAUCAUCGGAACUGCUUCAGAUGUAGGGAAUGCAGCAGAACUUUAUUGCCUGGAUCUUACAAGUUCACAGAGGAUCCUGGAUCAUUAGUUUGCACACACCACUUCGCCAGAUCUGCCUCAGAUGCCAAUCAGAAUUGUCAUUCAGAUAUGAGCAAUAAACUAGCCAAACUAACCUCAACAAGCCCAGAAGACCCAAACAAUAGGAGUUUAGAAUCUAAAGCAUCACACAACAAUGCUGAGAUCACCGCGGAGAGAGAUGAAGAGGAAAUACCUGAAAAAGAAAAAGUAACAAGUAAGCAGCCAGAUAGCAGAUCAGAAGUCGAGACAGAGCACAGAGCGCCUUGUCCUUCUAGUCCAGCAAAUCCCUUUGAUGAAUCUGAAGAGGAGGAUCAGGACACACAACAAGAAGACCACAAGCCAGCCGUUGGUGGGGCCAAUGGUGAUGAGCCAACAACGCCAGUGAAGAGUACAGCAGCAGAGGGUCGACCAGUUCCAGCACCUAGACGAGUAAUUGAGCCCACCCCUGCUCCUCGCCCUGUCCCCCGACCACGCCCACCCAGACCCUCUGAAAGCCCUAUUGUCAAUGGAAAUUCUGAAGCUCAAAUUUCUCAAGUUCCUGUUCCAAGAGAAAGAUUGCACUCACCUGCUCGCUCUAACAACGCCAAUGACACUCCUAAACCAAAAGACCCACCCUGGCUGGCUCUUGUCCAAUCAGAAACCAAGAAGAAACCAGCACCUCGCCCACCCACAGGUAUAACCAUACCUCCCUGCACUGGUUCAUCUCCUACUCGAAAGGAGGAGGAAUCAAGACCAUCCUCUCCUCCAAAUCCCUUUGAUGAUGAGGAAGAGGAGCCAGAAACGGCUCCUGAAGAUCCCCCUGGUCCUGUGGUGGCUAGUCACCCUUGGUAUAGGAUUACCCAGGCUGCUGAAAUCACAGCUGAGGACACAAAAAGACAAAGUCCUGCCCCUUCUGAAAGUCCUGUAAGUGUCCGAAGGAAGAAGCGACCAGCACCCAAAGCUCCAAAUUCUUCUCUAUCAGCUUUUCCUUCUUCUCAAACUUCCUCUCCUGCUUCAUCUUUAGCUCUGAGCACAGAGAGCCUGUCCUCCUCUUCCUCAGACCACAGCGCAGUCCCCCAGCAACCUGCUGCUAAUGAACAGGACCAUUUGUUUACCAAGAGUGUGUCUGAACCAUCAAUCAAUGCUCCUGCACUGUCCCCCCCAAAAAAGCUUCAACCUCACUCUUCUCCAAACCUGCCUCCUCCACCACCACCUACCAAUACCAGCUCAGCACCAGCUACUCCCCAAACCAACCGCAGUGUGAGACCACCAAUGUUCCCCUCUUCACAGACACCCAGCACUCCAGGCAAGCGCACUUGUAAAGAGAAUCCAUUUAAUCGGAAGACAACCACCUCUGUCGGAUCCUCUGUAUCCAGACCCCCAAAAGGGUCCCGUCCUGCACGACCUCCUGCUCCUGGAUAUGGAUUUCCUCUCAUUAAGCGAAAAGUACAGUCAGACCAGUAUAUCCCAGUUGAAGACAUCCAUGUAGAGAUGAGUGAUCUGGAGAAACGGUUGGAUGAAUUAGAGCAUAGAGGGGUGGAUCUGGAGAAGAGCUUACGAGAAUGUUCAAAUGAUGAUGAGGAGGAACAUCUACUUGUUGACUGGUUCACUCUGAUUCAUGAAAAGCACUUACUGGUACGGAGAGAGGCUGAACUGGUCUACACAGCCAAGCAGCAGAACCUGGAGGAGAGGCAGGCUGAUGUGGAAUAUGAGCUUAGAUGUUUACUUAACAAGCCAGAGAAAGAAUGGACAGCUGAAGACAAAGACAGGGAAAAGCAAUUGAUGGCAGAACUUGUCACGAUAAUUGAGCAGAGGAACCAGAUUAUUAACAGCAUAGAUCUGGACAGACAGAGGGAGGAGGAGGAAGACAAACUAGUAGCUGCUAUGCUAAAGAAAAAAGAGUUUCAUGGACAGGGUGAGCAGAAGAAGAAAGCAGGGAAGUUUAAGCCCAUGAAGGUUUUGAAGAGACUGAGCACCAAGAAUGAAGGAGUAAAGGACAACAGUCCCAGAAAAGAGAACAGCUGAAGCGUAAACUUACUGAAGGAAAAAGAAACAAAAAAAGAUACUAAAAAGAUUUACUAAAUGUUUUUAGUCUAAUUAACGCUUUUGAAUAUAUUGCUAUAAAACAGAGCCAUUUGAGUUAAAUUUGCCUUUGAGGUACUGUAGUAGCAGCUGAACUGAUAUAAAAGUAAAAAAGUAACACUGUCUUGGUCAGAUA